UGGCCUCCGCUUGGAAUGUUUUCGGGUACGUCCUCCCUUGGCCACCCCGGCAGUCCUGCGGCCUGGGCGCUGGUGUUUCCCGACGGCUGCGAUGAGGAGCUGGUGGGGCCGCUCUACGCCCGCUCCCUGGGCGCCUCCUCCUACUAUGGGCUUUUCACCACUGCCCGCUUCGCUCGGCUGCACGGCAUAAGCGGGUGGUCACCCCACACCCGGGACUCGAACCCCUGGCUGCAGAUCGACCUAAUGAAGAAGCACAGGAUCCGCGCUGUGGCCACGCAGGGCUCCUUUAACUCCUGGGACUGGGUCACACGCUACAUGCUGCUGUAUGGCGACCGUGUGGACAGCUGGACACCAUUCUACCAGCAAGGGCACAAUGCGACCUUCUUCGGCAAUAUGAACGAGUCCGCGGUGGUGCGCCACGACCUGCAUUACCACUUCACAGCGCGCUACGUGCGCAUUGUGCCCCUGGCCUGGAAUCCUCGCGGCAAGAUCGGCCUGCGGCUCGGCCUCUAUGGCUGCCCCUACAAGUCCGACGUCCUCUACUUUGAUGGCGACGACGCCAUCUCCUACCGCUUCCCGCGAGGCGUCAGCCGCAGCCUGUGGGACGUGAUCGCGCUCAGCUUCAAGACGGAGGAGAAAGACGGGCUCCUGCUGCACGCUGAGGGCGCCCAGGGCGACUAUGUGACGCUGGAGCUGCUGGACGCACACCUGCUGCUGCACAUGAGCCUGGGCAGCAGCCCCAUCCAGCCCAGGCCCGGCCACACCACGGUGAGCGCGGGCGGCGUGCUCAACGACCAGCACUGGCACUACGUGCGCCUGGACCGCUACGGGCGCGAUGCCAACCUCACCCUAGAUGGCUACGUGCAGCGCUUCGUGCUCAACGGCGACUUCGAGCGGCUGAACCUGGACACGGAGAUGUUCAUCGGGGGGCUGGUGGGUGCCGCCCAGAAGAACCUCGCCUACCGGCACAACUUCCGUGGCUGCAUUGAGAAUGUGAUCUUCAACCGGGUCAACAUUGCUGACCUCGCUGUGCGGCGCCACUCUCGGAUCACCUUCGAGGGCAAGGUGGCCUUCCGGUGCCUGGACCCAGUCCCGCACCCCAUCAACUUUGGAGGACCUCACAACUACGUGCAGAUACCCGGCUUCCCGCGCCGAGGCCGCCUGGCCGUGUCCUUCCGCUUCCGCACCUGGGACCUCACAGGGCUGCUGCUGUUCUCAAGCCUGGGUGAUGGGCUGGGCCACGUGGAGCUGAUGCUGAGCGAGGGCCAGGUCAACGUGUCCAUCGCACAGGCCGGCCGCAAGCGCCUGAAGUUCGCAGCUGGGUACCGCCUGAACGACGGCUUCUGGCACGAGGUCAAUUUUGUGGCCCAGGAGAACCAGGCGGUCAUCAGCAUUGAUGAUGUGGCCGGAGCGGAAGUCCGGGUCUCCUACCCGCUGCUCAUUCGCACGGGAACCUCGUACUUCUUCGGGGGUUGUCCCAAGCCAGUCAGCCGAUGGGGCUGCCACUCCAACCAGACAGCCUUCCAUGGCUGCAUGGAGCUGCUCAAGGUGGAUGGCCAGCUGGUCAACCUCACGCUGGUGGAGUUCCGGCGGCUGGGACACUUUGCUGAGGUCCUGUUCGACACCUGUGGCAUCACUGACAGGUGCAGCCCCAACAUGUGUGAGCAUGAUGGCCGCUGCUACCAGUCUUGGGAUGACUUCAUCUGCUACUGUGAGCUGACCGGCUACAAGGGCGAGACCUGCCACCAGCCGCUGUAUAAGGAAUCCUGUGAGGCUUACCGGCUCAGUGGGAAAACCUCCGGCAACUUCACCAUUGACCCCGACGGCAGUGGCCCCCUGAAGCCGUUCGUGGUGUACUGUGACAUCCGGGAGAACCGCGCGUGGACAGUGGUGCGGCACGACAGGCUGUGGACGACGCGCGUGUCGGGCUCCAGUAUGGAGCGGCCCUUCCUGGCGGCCGUGCAGUACUGGAACGCGUCGUGGGAGGAGGUCGGCGCGCUGGCUAACGCCUCGCAGCACUGCGAGCAGUGGAUCGAAUUCUCCUGCUACAACUCGCGGCUGCUCGCCCAGAGAACCGCGCGUGGACAGUGGUGCGGCACGACAGGCUGUGGACGACGCGCGUGUCGGGCUCCAGUAUGGAGCGGCCCUUCCUGGCGGCCGUGCAGUACUGGAACGCGUCGUGGGAGGAGGUCGGCGCGCUGGCUAACGCCUCGCAGCACUGCGAGCAGUGGAUCGAAUUCUCCUGCUACAACUCGCGGCUGCUCUCACCCCGCCCUGCACUGCAACUGCGAUGCCGACCAGCCGCAGUGGAGAACCGACAAGGGGCUGCUGACCUUCGUGGACCACCUGCCCGUCACCCAGGUGGUGGUGGGCGACACCAACCGCUCCAACUCUGAGGCCCAGUUCUUCCUGAGGCCUCUGCGCUGCUACGGGGACCGAAACUCCUGGAACACCAUCUCCUUCCACACCGGGGCUGCGCUGCGCUUCCCCCCAAUCCGCGCCAACCACAGCCUGGACGUGUCCUUCUACUUCCGGACCUCGGCGCCCUCGGGCGUCUUCCUGGAGAACCAGGCGGGCCUCUACGGCCAGUGGCGCCGGCCCUACCUGCGCGUGGAGCUCAACACAUCCCGGGACGUGGUCUUCGCCUUCGACGUGGGGAACGGGGACGAGAACCUGACCGUCCACUCCGACGACUUCGAGUUUGAUGACGACGAGUGGCACCUGGUGCGGGCCGAGAUCAACGUGAAGCAGGCGCGGCUGCGCGUGGACCACCGGCCGUGGGUGGUGCGGCCCAUGCCCCUGCAGACCUACCUGUGGCUGGAGUACGACCAGCCGCUCUACGUGGGGUCGGCAGAGCUCAAGAGGCGCCCCUUCGUGGGCUGCCUGAGGGCCAUGCGCCUGAACGGGGCGACGCUGAACCUGGAGGGCCGGGCCAACGCCUCCGAGGGGACGUCCCCCAACUGCACGGGCCGCUGUGCCCACCCGCACUUCCCCUGCUCCCACGGCGGCCGCUGCGUGGAGCGCUACAGCUACUACACGUGUGACUGCGACCUCACAGCUUUCGAUGGGCCCUACUGCAACCACGACAUCGGUGGCUUCUUUGAGCCUGGCACCUGGAUGCGCUACAACCUGCAGUCCGCACUGCGUUCUGCCGCCCGCGAGUUCUCCCACAUGCUGAGCCGCCCAGUGCCCGGCUAUGAGCCUGGCUACGUCCCCGGCUAUGACACCCCUGGCUAUGUGCCAGGCUACCACGGCCCCGGCUACCGCCUGCCUGACUACCCGCGGCCUGGGCGGCCCGUGCCCGGGUACCGGGGCCCCGUGUACAAUGUCACAGGCGAGGAGGUCUCCUUUAGCUUCAGCACCAGCACGGCGCCCGCGGUGCUGCUCUACGUCAGCUCCUUCGUGCGCGACUACCUAGCGGUGCUCAUCAAGGAGGACGGGACCCUGCAGCUGCGGUACCAGCUGGGCACCAGCCCCUACGUGUACCCACUGACCACCCGGCCGGUGACGGAUGGGCAGCCGCACAGCGUCAACAUCACCCGGGUCUACCGCAACCUCUUCAUCCAGGUGGACUACUUCCCACUGACGGAGCAGAAGUUCUCACUUCUGGUGGACAGCCAGCUGGACUCGCCCAAGGCCUUGUACCUGGGGCGCGUGAUGGAGACGGGCGUCAUCGACCCCGAGAUCCAGCGCUACAACACCCCGGGCUUCUCGGGCUGCCUGUCCGGCGUUCGCUUCAACAACGUGGCUCCCCUCAAGGUCCACUUCCGCAGCCCACGGCCCAUGACCGCUGAGCUGGCUGAGGCCCUGCGCGUGCAGGGAGAGCUGGCUGAGUCCAACUGCGGCGCCAUGCCCCGCCUGGUGUCUGAGGUGCCCCCUGAGCUCGACCCCUGGUACCUGCCCCCAGACUUCCUGUACUACCAUGACGACGGCUGGGUUGCCAUCCUCUUAGGCUUUCUGGUGGCUUUCCUGCUGCUGGGGCUGCUGGGGAUGCUGGUGCUCUUCUACCUGCAGAACCAUCGCUACAAGGGCUCCUACCACACCAAUGAGCCCAAGGCUGCCCAUGAGGACCAAGCGGGUGGCAAAGCACCCUUGCCUGCCUCGGGCCCCAGCCCAGCCCCUGCCCCCGCCCCAGCCCCUGAACCCCGGGACCAGAACCUGCCCCAGAUCCUGGAGGAGUCCAGGUCGGAAUGACCGGGGGCUUCAGGGACCAAGCCCACCUCGUCCAACCCAAUGCCUGCCUCUCCCCACCCUCUGGGGCACUGGCUGCUCUGGGCCAGCCCUACCCACCCAGCAGGUGCCUCCUGCAGGCCGGCUUGGUGGGCAGAGCUACACAUGGGACCAAUGGGGGUGGCUGCGCCUCACUGCCGAGACCAGUGCCCUGCACUCCCCUGCGCUCCGUCCCAGCCCCGGCUGGGCUUCCUGCCAGCUGUCUGUGCCCUAACCGAGGCCCCAGUUCACCAUCGGCAGAGCCGGUGUGAGGGGCUCUCCCACCCCGCAGGCUCUUACACCUGCAUCCUCUGCAGGGCCCAGGGCUCCACCCCCCUCCCCACCCGCCCCUUUUCGUUUUGACAGCGAGACCGCAAGGCCUCUGCCUAGCACCUUAGAACCUCUGCUGCUUCACGCUUGAGCCAAAGCCAUAGGAAACCCCGCAACGCCCAGAGAAUCAAUCGCAGACCCCCGCCUGGCAACGCAUGGCCGCUGGCCCCAGCCCAUGAGGCGCCCUCCCCGCUGGAUGCUGCUCUCCAUCUGCCUGGGGCCGCAUUCUUUGUAUUUAUUUUUUGCUGCAAAGUCUGCCUAGAGAACUAUAUAUCGCUCUAAUUUUUUAAUUGUUUAUAUAAAAGAGCAGCUCAGUGGGCUGCCUAUGCCAUGCCCUGCCGAGUUUGCUGAGCUCGACCUGGCUGGCCACUCGUGCCCCCGGUCUCCAAUAAAGCAAGUGGCAGAGCCGUCUGUGUGUGGU